ACUUCCAUCCCCCCCAGGCUGCUGGAGGGGGUGGGGGCCAGAGGGCCAGCAGGUAUAAGAGGCAGAGUGGCUGUGCCAAGGCAGAGGGCGGCAUGGAUCCCAGGCGGGCUGUCGUGUUGCUGGGGCUGCUGCUGCUGCUGCUAACCGACCGGGGCCAGGCGGAAGGACCAGGGGACCUGGACGGAGACCAGGACUUGGCGGAAGAUGGCGGCCCUGGCCCAGCACGGGACACCCAGCCCCCCAGGGCCCUCCUGCACACCCUGCUCCAGGUCAUGGAGAGACCUGGCCGGAGCCCAGCCUUCCUGUUCCAGCCCCAGAGGUUUGGCAGAAACGCCCAGGGGCCGUGGAGCAAGCAGCGGCUGAGUCCCCGAGCUGGGGAGGGCCUGAGCUCCCAGUUCUGGAGCCUGGCUGCACCCCAGCGCUUCGGGAAGAAGUGACGCGCCAGCCCUCGAUGUGUUUGCAUGCAAGGCCCACGCUCAGAAGUGCCGCGUGUCCCCCGCCCCUCCCCGAAUAAAGCUCUCUGCCUUGC